AUGGCCCACGAAAACGAUACUAUUUAUUAUAUAUGCCUUGUCAUUCUCUUCACAGUUACUUUUGCUUCCACUGAGGAAGCAACUGCUCUCCUGAAAUGGAAAGCAACUUUCCAAAACAAAAAUAAUUCCUUAUUGGCUUCAUGGACGCUAAGUACUGAUGCAUGCAGGGGUUGGUAUGGAGUUAUAUGCUUUAACGGUCGGACAAACAGGUUGAAGAUUACUGAUGCUGGUGUCAUUGGUACACUCCAUGAUUUUCCAUUUUCAUUUCUCCUGUUUCUUGAAUAUGUUGAUCUUAGCAUGAACCAGCUCUCUGGUGACUUAACUGAGCUCGAAAGUUUGCACCUUUAUUCUAACCAUCUUUCUGGUCCCAUUCCUAGUGAAUUAGCGAAUUUGAAAAAUCUUUUUGAUCUGGAGUUAUGUGAUAAUCGGCUUGGUGGUUCAAUCCCAAUAACUUUAGGUGACUUAACUCAGCUCAAAAUUUUGUACCUUUAUUCUAACCAACUUUCUGGUCCUAUUCCUAGUGAGUUGCUUAGUGGUUCAAUUCCUGCUUCCUUUGGCAAUUUGAGAAACUUGCACUCACUACAUCUCGGUGAUAACAAACUUUCUGGUUCAAUUCCAAUAACUAUAGGUGACUUAACUGAGCUCAAAAGUGUGCAAUUUUAUUUAAACCAACUUUCUGGUCCCAUUCCUAGUGAGUUGGGAAAUUUGAAAAAACUCACUUAUUUGGAUUUAUCUGAUAAUCAGCUUAGUGGUCCAAUUCCUGUUUCCUUUGGUAAUUUGAGAAACAUGCAGUCACUAUAUCUCGGUACCAACAAACUUUCUAGUUCCAUUCCAAAAGAAGUUGCAUAUAUGGAUAACUUGGUUGUCUUAUCAAUAAGUUACAAUGGAUUUUCAGGCCAUUUGCCAGAGCGGCUUUGCAAAGGUGGGAAACUUGAGAACUUCACGGUGGCUAGUAACAAGCUCACAGGGCCAAUACCAAGCAGCUUAAGCAAAUGCUCGAGUUUCAAAUGGGUUCGCUUUAAUAACAACAGUUUCAUUGGAAAUUUAUCUGAAGCUUUUGGCAUACAUCCAGAGCUUUUGUUCAUUGAUUUGAGUGACAAUGAUUUUCAUGGUGAACUUAGCAACAACUGGGGGAAAUGCAAAGAUUUGAUUGAUCUGCAGGUAGCCAGAAAUAACAUUGGUGGAAGGCUACCGCAAAUCAAUCAAAUCUUUUACGUAAUGAAGUAA